UGACAUCUCUGAAAGUCCGGAAUCAUAAUCACAACCGUCUGAAAGUGGAUGCCAAGACUCUAUGUUGCGGUGAGGGUAGCCAUGUCCAGGUCUCUUCUUCUCCGUCUUACGCCCUUCAUUUCCGCACGGAUUCGAUACAAUCAGAGACUUCUUAGCUCUGCUGUUGGCGGAAAUCCAUCAACAGCUCAAGAUGCCGUACACAUGACGGAUAAUUGCAUUCGAAGAAUGAAAGAACUGCAUGCAAAAGAAGCACCCACGAAGGAUAAAAUGCUUCGGUUGACUGUAGAGACAGGUGGAUGUUCUGGGUUUCAGUAUAUAUUUUUGCUAGACGACAAGACUAAUCCAGAUGAUAGAAUUUUUGAGAAGGAUGGUGUUAAGCUGGCGGUCGAUCAAAUCUCUUAUGACUUUGUCAAAGGUGCAACUGUUGAUUAUGUUGAAGAGCUGAUUCGGUCUGCUUUCCUGGUAUCUUCAAAUCCAAGUGCAGUGGGCGGCUGUAGUUGUAAAAGCUCUUUUAUGGUGAAAUAGAACUUCUUGCAGGUCAAUGAAGCUAAAUUAUAUUCAUUCUUAAUAAUAAUUAAUUCUGUUUAGUAUCUCUACAUUGUAUCUUCUUGUUAUCUAUCACAAGAACUAUCAUUGUACUGCCAGUUGUAAUUCAAGCAAUUUUGCUGGCUAUUCUCAUCAUCUGCUUCCCUCGGUGGGCCCAUUCUGGGGUCUUGCAUUGGAAAACAUGGAAGCAUUUCUGGUACUGUAAUUUUGUAAUAUUGAUAUAUUUACAGCAAGUUUUGAUAUAUAU